CUUCGAUCAAAGUAACAGGUCAGUCUGGCAGUCAUUCGAUCACCCGACAGAUACUUUGCUUCCCAUGCAGCCACUGUUGGAGGGAAUGACCCUGAGGUCUAACUCCUCCUUCACCUACCGGAGUGCCAGAGACAGAUUUUACUUCACUGUUCUUUCUGGUGGUCUAUCUGCUUAUGUUGGAUCUGCCCAACCUCAGGAAUACUAUGCACUUCCGGCAUCUAUUGGAAACAACUCAUACAUCACCCUUGUGAACAGUAGUCUCACCGUCUUUGACGCAGCCUCCAGGCCACAGAUAUUGUUAAACUUGCAUCCUCUAUGGGCUUCACUUUUUCAGUUCAUCAGGUUUGAGUCUGACGGCCAUCUCAGGUUAUACGACUGGGUAGACGGAGACCUAGAGAUGAUGUUGGUACCACGCGAUGUCUUACAACAGGAAGACUGUGAUUACCCAACUGCAUGUGGGGAGUAUGGCAUCUGCUCGGGAGGCCAGUGCUCCUGCCAACUUCAAAUAACGCGACAUAUUUUAAGCAGAUCAUCAACCAGUCACCCAAUCUUGGUUGUGUACUGGAAACCCCAAUUUCCUGCCAAUCUAUGCAAGAUCACAGACUCGUAGCUUUUCCUGAUUUGUCUUACUUCUAUCAGAACAACUCCAUAGAAGCACAAGAGAGUGAUGAGGAGACAUGUAAGCUCUCUUGCUUGAGGACUUGCUCAUGCAAAGCUGCCAUGUUUCGCUCCUACGGUCCAAAUGCUGGUGGUUGUUCCUUGUAAAACAAGUCCUUACACUACAGGCAGGUUAUUCAGUCGGGAAUAAUUCAGCAUAUCUGAAAAUCCAGAUGACACAUCCACCUCAGACAGCAAAGCGAAGGGUGCUUUUAGGUCCCCUGCUUGCAGGAUCAAUUGCUUUACUAAUCCUGCUUAUCUUUGCCUUGUGGAUCAUAAGAAGGCGAUAUCAAGAAAAAGAUGAGGAAUUCACCAACAUACCUGGAAUGCCCUCGAGAUUCACCUUUGAGAAGCUGAAAGUAACAACCAACAAAUUCAGCGACAAACUCCGCGAAGGAGGAUUUGGCUCAGUUUUCAAGGGGCAGUUAGGCGAAGAGACUGUUGCCAUAAAACAGUUGGACAGAGCUGGUCAGGGAAAGAAGGAAUUCUUGGCAGAAGUCCAGAUAAUUGGUUGCAUUCAGCACAUCAAUUUGGUCAAGCUGGUUGGCUUCUGUGCAGAGAAAUCACAUAGGCUCUUGGUUUAUGAGUAUAUGCCAAGAGGGUCGCUCGAAAAGUGGAUCCAUUACAAACAUAACAGUACUCCCCUUGAUUGGUGUACAAGACGCAAGAUUGUUACUGACAUUGCCAAGGGCCUCUCUUACCUUCAUGAGGAUUGUAGGCAGAGGAUUGCUCAUCUGGACAUCAAACCACAUAACAUCCUCUUAGAUGACAACUUCAAUGCAAAGGUGUCCGAUUUUGGGCUGUCCAAGCUGAUAGACAGGGAAGAUAGUCAAGUAAUGACCAGAAUGAGGGGAACACCUGGGUAUAUGGCACCUGAGUGGUUGACAUCUCAAAUCACUGAGAAGGUUGAUGUCUACAGCUUUGGUGUUGUGGUCAUGGAGAUCAUCAGCGGAAGAAAGAACCUGGACUACUCUCAACCAGAAGGAAGCGUACAACUCAUUACCUUGCUUCAGGGGAAGGCGGAGAACGGCCAGCUGGAAGACAUGAUCGAUGGAAACAGCGAUGACAUGCACUUACACAAGGAGGAAGUGGUUGAGGUGAUGAAGCUAGCAAUGUGGUGUUUGCAGAGUGACAAAAACAGAAGGCCUGCCAUGUCACUGGUGGUGAAGGUCAUUGAAGGAGAGAGGGAUGUGGAAGCCAAUUUGGAUUACAACUUCUUUGACCUGAGCCCUGCGAUCUCUGUUCCAGUAUGCCGGUCCACUUCUUCAGCUGUACCUGCCGCAUCAAUUCUCUCAGCCCCCAGAUGAACUUGUAAACAUGUAACUCUGCCAUGUGGAGCCAUAUUUGCCAGUCUUGUUGAAAACAGCUAUU